AUGCCUGACAAGACGAUCGCCUUAAUGCUCGGGAGCGCACGCACCUCGGGAAAUGCGCGAGGGCUUGCGGCCUGGCUCACAUCAAUUCUCGAUAAACAGCUCAACGCCAACACAAGCGGCGACUCACACGACGCGUUCCACAUCGUUCUCGUCGACCCUACCAAAUCCCCCCAUCCACUCGGACCGGUUGUCGACGGCGUGCGUAUGCCCGCCAUGAUUCGCGACCCUGCCUUAUAUUCCUCUCCUGCCGUCCGGGAAUGGAGUGCCUUCAUAUCCUCCUGCAGCGCGGUCGUCGUGUUGACUCCGCAGUAUAACUGGGGUGUCCCGGGAGAGCUUAAGAAUUCCUUUGAUCAUCUCUACUGGGAGUGGCGCGACAAGCCCGUCCUCAUUGUCACUUACGGCGGACACGGGGGAUCCAAAUGCGCCGCUCAAUUGAAAGACAUACUGGAAGGCGGGCUCAAAAUGCCCGUCGUCGAACAGCCCAUCCUCAUCACCCUACCGGUCGAAUACAUCCGGGCUGAUCACAGAGUGCCCACCGACGCUCCGCCCCCCGAUUUUCUGCAGUCAUACCAAGAGGCUGUAGAAAAUGCAGCACAAGAACUCAAGCAGCUUCUUUCCGCUCCAGCGAAAGCCGUAGAACACUAG